ACUCGACCGUGCUGGUGAGUGAGAUAUGGACAAGUCAAGUCACCCAUCCAGGCUCCCGUAGCUCCCACAUAUAAAGCGCCUUCACGUCAGGAGACAGUGAGUGAGUCCGUCCGACGCACAUGCAUCAAUCAAAAGGCGGUAUGUCGAUCCAGGCGGUUGAGCACUAUCACACCCAAAACCGGUCCUUUCUCUGUCCAUGUCGCGUAUGCAGCCAGGAUGCAUGGAAUGGGACGAACACCUGUACACACAUGCAGCCAGGCACCACACCGACGGAGCGUUAGCCCACACGCACCCUCACAAUACCACGUGGCAUCCACACCACACCAGACAGACCAGAAACAGCCAGCCGAAAAAUCUGUCAUAAACACACAGUGACGGGCAGUCAGGUCGAUACACACGCGCAGCGAGCGAGAAAUCGAUGCAGCGCGCGGUGUUCCUUUUUUCUUUUAUGUACACGCGUCCACGCCAUGCCAGGAGGCAAUCCACCCAUCCAUCCAUCCAUCCAUGCCACAGUGCCAUCCAUCCAUUCGCUCACCCAAUCAAUAUUCACACUCGACCCAUGCUCCCUUCCCUACUGCAUGCAAUGUCUGACCGUUUGUCUGUGUCUCUCUGUGUCUCUCCGCACAUGCACACCCAAUCCCGCUCGCUGCGCGUGAGGGCCCUGUCCGCCCGGAGACCCGCUCACCCAUCCACUCUCUCACGGAAAAAUAGUCGCUUCCACGGAGGGGCGACCGGCAUAUACACACAUACAUACACAUACAUCAACACGCACCAAUACACAUAUAUAUGGGUAUACGCACGGCACGGCACACACACGUGUGAGUAUGAUAGCAGGUCAGUAGGCCUCCAGGUGGUAUCGGUGUUCGCCCUUCAUCUGCCGGAUGAUGCUGCCGCCGUCACAGAUGCCCUCACUACACUUGAUCAGAGCAGUCUUCAACAAGGAACCAACCACACGCACACGAAGAGAUUGCUUCAUAUAUGUGCCCAUGUAGGUGUAUAUAUGUGUGUGUGCAUUCUAUGCCCACCUCCAUUUGGUUGAGGAUCUUGCCGCUCGAUCCGCAGUAGAAGAACUGGCAGUCGGGCCGCUGCAGCAGCUCCCACACAGCGGCGCCGUUCUCAGCUAUCCUGCAACCACACAAAGCACACAAAGCACAGACACACACAGAUGCAUAGAUAGAUGGCCCAACGAGACUCUUCUUCUGUGUGUGGCCGAUGCGCCUGCUUACUUGUCGUGUAUGUAGACCUUCUUCUUGGGGUCGUCCCGCGAGAAGGCGUAGAAGGAGGCCGACACGCCGCCGUCCUGGAUGUCCUCCUGACACACGAAGUCCUUGGACGCGUGCCGACACCCGUGCACCAACACAAAGUCGCCAGACAGACCCCUGAACAUGCGCAGGCAGAUAGAUAGACGACCAUGUGGGGACGAUUGGAUGCGCCAGUGGGUAGGUGGGUGGGUGGGUGGCUGACCUGUCCUUCCGUUCUUGCAGGAACGCUCUGACCGGCGCGAAGCCUGAGCCGACCGUCACGCACACCAUGGGGGUGUUGCCGUCCAUCGGAUAGUUGAACACACCCUUGCGGAGCUGAUGACAGACAACACACAACACCAUGUAUAGACAACGCAAAGCACAACACACAUGUGAUCGAUCUAUUGACCGUGAGAAUCUCCUUCCUCCAUGUGUGUCGUGUCGGUCGCCUUGCCCUACCUUUCCUGCAAUGGGUGUGGUUUGGAUGUACUCGAGCGGCUGUCUGCAGAUGUGUCCCGUGCAAAGGCCGCCCGGGACGUCCACCACCAGCAGCUCGAUCUCAUCGGGGCAGCGCGUGUCGGACGACGCUAUGCUGUAGAACCGCGGGUGGAUAAUGUCACACGCAGACACUAUCUGCAGGCAGCACACAUGAUUGGUGAUUGACACACACACACCGAGAGGAGAGGGAGACCAGACCGUCCGAAGGCAUCCAUGUAUGUGUCCCUCUGUGGCUCAUCCUCCCUCACCUCUGAGAAAGAGUACUUGCCCUUGGGCAGCGACAUGAUGGCCUCGGCGGCAUUCUUGUGCGCCACGGCCUCAGGCGGUACGAAUCCCGUGUCCGGGCUUACCAGCCGCCGCAAGUAGUACGGCACCGGCCCGUUGAGAUCCACAAACUGCGACAGCAGCCGGUGCAGCGUCAUGGGCAUGCCGGGGAAGGCCCGCAGCGGGUCCUCGCUCGUCACCUCCACCAGCUCCUCGUGGGCUCUCAUGGGGUCCUUGCCCAGCCACAUGAGCAGCCGAUCGACCAGCUCUGGUGGGUUGCAGGGCACCAGGCCGAAGUGGUCGCCUGUGCGGUAGGUGCUGGGGCCGCCGGCGGCGCCGGAUGGGACGGUGAACUUGAAGACGUACUGGGCGGGCUUGUAUCCUUCUGGGGUCACGCGAACGCGGUCCUUGACGUGAAUCUCGUCGAAGCCUGGUUGACACAGGCAGUGUCACACAAACACAGACAGGUGUGGGUGUCUGGUUCCCAAGCAUCGAAUCCAUCUUUGUGGGUGUGUUAGUUACCGAUGGGAAUGAGUGUUUUGCAAUGCUCCAUGGCCGGUGGCGACACGGGUGUGGUGGCAGGCUUGACGUGGAUGAGCUUGGUGGCCGGGAGGUGCCACUGGUCCUUCUCGAAGCGGUGGUUGUAGUGCGUGUGGAACAGAUGGUGACGCAGGUGCUCGUCCUUUAACUCCCCUGCACCACACACACACACACACACAUGCAUAUGGAUGCAUAGGGAUUGAUGGAUGGAUGGCUGCAGGUGUUCAUUUGCGUCGGUCGGCUCGGUUCACUCACCCUUGUACAGUCUUUCGACGGCUGGGGUCUCGUGUGAAGCGAAGUAUGUGGCCUUCUCGUCUCGCUUGUAUAGCUCCUGCUGCCGCUUCUGUAUCUCCUUGAGGUCGAGCGCCCGCGGGUUGCCGGCACCGCCCACACAGCCACCCUCACAGUUCAUCACCUGCAGGCACCAAUGCGUUAAUGCAUGCAUCCACUGGAUGUAUAUCGAUGGAUAGAUGUUAUGUGUGUGGGGGCGGGGGAAGGGAAGGUCGCGUGCCUUACCUCGAUCAUGUGGUACUUGUCCAUGUGCGGGAGGACCUCCGAGAGGUGGUCCAUGCCGUUGACGAUGGCCACCUUGAUCUCCACACCCUCCUUGACCGGCAGCACCAGCUCCUUGACGUCACCCUACCACACACGACACGGACACAGACAGAAACACCACACGACACAUGUGCCUAUGUAUGUGCUGUACAGGCCUCCAUCCAUCCAUCCAUCCCAUGAUGGCUGUCAAUGCACCUACCUGUUGUCUGGCGGGCUGGAGGGAAGCGUGUGGCGGUUCGUUGCCCGUCACCAUCUUGUACGCCGUCCGAGCGGCCGCCUCAAGCACACCUACACACACACAGAGAGAGAGACACAGAGACACAGAAGCAAGUAUGUGCACACGCGAGAUGAGCACAUCCUGUGCAGUGCUGCGUGUGCGUACCCCCCGACGCGCCGAAGAUGACGGCUCCUCCCGAAUGUUCGGCGAACGGCUGGUCGAAGUGGAGCUUCUGUGUGUUGUUCUUGGCGGCCUCGAGGUCGAAGCUGCCCUGGUCCAUCAACUCCUUGGUCGUUAUCACAGCGUCUACACACAGACACACAGACAGACAGACAGACAGAUAGGCGCACCUGUUGUGUGUGUGUGUCUGUGUGGGUGGAUGGAAGAUCAGAUCGUACCAACGGCGUGUUCGAGCUGGACGCGCUGGACCUCGUCCUUCUUGGCGAUGCAGGGCAUGACCGACACCAUGAAGAUGUCAUCAGCCGACACACCCUUCUGCGAAGCCCAGUGAUGCUUCACUGCACACACACACAUCACACACAGAUAGAGAGAGAGGGAGAGCAACCCCACGCACCCAAAGCCACCCCACUCCCCCACCUACCGAGUGCACCGAGCAUGGCCUGGGGCGACUUGCAGGUGGACAGAUGAGGGAUAAGGUGGGGGUAGUGUUUCUCGACCAUGUUGAUCCAGGCGGGGCAGCAGGAGGUGAACAUGGGCAGGGGCGACUCCUGCGAGGGGGCUGUGAUGCGCGUGACCAGCUCGGCGGCCUCCUCCAUGAUGCAGAUGUCCGCUGCCAUAUUGGUGUCGAACACCAUAUCGAACCCCAAGUCGUGCAGACCGUAACAGAUCUGAUGGAUCCACACACGCAUUCAUGGGUGGAAUAUAUAGACACACGGAGAGUGAGUGGGUGGUGUGUGGAGUGUGGGUGGUCACUCGCUCUCUCCCUCAUUCCUUCAUUCACCUGUUCCUCUGUGAGAACGGACCGUAUGGCCGGCGCCACCUGGGCGAUGGUCACCUUGCCCUCCUCCUUGAGCUUGCUCAACGUUUCCUGACCAAUGAAUGGACGCCCACACACACACAUGGUCAGACAGGCGUCACGUGACAGACACCUUUCGCUCUCCCUCCCUCCGUCCGUCGUCUCACUCACCCGUAUGGGCAUGGGUGGUGAGGAGAUGGCGCCAGUGGGGCAGACCUGAGCGCACUUGCCGCAGAGGAGGCACGUCGACUGGUUGAAGAGGAACUUGUCGCCCACAGGACAGGCCUUCUCGCACGCCCAGCACUCGAGACACUUGGUGGGGUCGAAGGCCAGCGGCGGCUUGUAACCGCACUCGGGGUUCACCGCACGACACUCGUCGCGAAGCCGCGCCACCUCGCCCACAUCGACUAUACACACACACACACACAUCCAUCCAUCCACCCAUCCAACCAACACACACACGUACCAUCGCCCGUGUCUGUCUGCAUCUCCCUCCCUCCCUCGGUGCAUACCUACCGUGGAUCUCCUGCUGCUUGGGCUGUGUCUGUGCGGCCGCAACAGCAGCGUACGGGAGGCGCCAGGUGAGGGUCCAUGGUGCGUACGAUGGCAGGGUGGAUGUGGCCGUCACCAGAGGGGGCCGGUGGAAGAACAGCCCCUUCCCCAGCACCCGGCUGUUGCUCACAAACAGCGGCGUCCGCCGGGCGGCCGACGCGGCCACACUCUGCUGGUGCGUGCGGUCAUGUGCCUUGGCGGCGACGGUAGCUGUUGAGAUGGCGCGCAGAGGAGGCAGAGCGAGGGCGAGGGAGCCGGCGGGCAGCCGCAGGGGGGCCGACGCCAGAGUUUGGAGGCUCCUGUUGGUCAGCAUCUUCUCUCAGUCACUCACAAACGUCUACAAACGUCGCAAUAGCGAUAGGUCGCCAGCUGCUUCAGUCAGGCGACGGAUUCAUCAAACAGUGCUCGAAAGCGGGUCGUUGUCCAAGUCACGCUAGCUGGGAGGCAGACAGCUUCAAGCAGCGACGUGUGUCGCGAAGUG